CUGGAGCCAUCCUAGCCAACAUUGGAGACCUCAUGCAGCUUGUUAGCAACGACAAGUUCAAGAGCGUGGAGCACCGGGUCCUUGCCAGGAAGGCCGGGCCCCGGGUGUCAGUCGCAUGCUUCCUCGUACCAGGAGAGACACAGAUGUCAAAGCCGUAUGGGCCAAUAAAGGAGCUUCUCGAUGAGGACAAUCCACCCAUGUACAGAGAGACCACUUUCACGGAGUAUUUUGGGUUUUACCUCUCCAGUGGCAAUGGCCUGAAUGGUGAAUCUGUGCUUCCUCAUUUCAGAGUGAGCGAGCCCAAGUAGAGUACAAAAUGCAGCAAAAAUCUUUGAAGAAGGUGUCGGCCUUCCCAUGGAAUCCGAUGGCUCUGUAUUUUCAUUGAAUGUAGCGAUAGGACCACACCUAGAAAAGAAUAAUCAGAAUCUACUUUGAUCUGAUCGAGACUGAAACAAGAAAUGGCCAAAAUAUGAUGGCAUGCUCCUUCAGGCUGUGAAAGCAUUUGAAUCUCUUUCCCCUAAAUUUAUCACUAGUUUCAUCAUC